UCUUUAUAUGAGUCACUGCACAUUUUUUCUUGAUUCCUCGUUAUAAAAUUUCAUAAAGAAUGCUUGAAUUGAAUCAUAAAGAUAUUGUCUCCUAUAUUUACUUCCCCAUCCGUGCUGGGACCUACAAGGCUGGCUUCUAAGCACCGGGUUGUCUUUUCUAGGUUAGCCGAUAACGAGGAUCGGGUAUCUUGGCCGCCAUGAUUUUUCUCGCCAUAGGCGUAAGCCUUCUCCUGGGAUCGUCAUCUUCGCUACGUGCUCAUGGUCUGCAAAUAAAUGGGCCCGAGUGCGGAAUAACCACCCAUGAGAUGAUUGUCAAUGGAAGUUAUGCUAAACCUGGCCAAUUCCCAUGGAUGGUGUUCCUCGUAGUGCACAACAGGAAGGGCCAGAGCUUCCAAUGUGGAGGAACCAUCCUAACCCAGCGCCACAUUCUCACCGCGGCGCAUUGCAUCUAUCCUAACGGCUUAGUAGCUGUGGGAGCUGAGGCCUACUAUGGAAACAUCCACAAAAGACAUGGCAAAAGGCUCCGGGUGACCAAGGUGAUCCCCCAUGCUAAGUACAAUGAGAAAUCCUUCUCACACGACAUCGCCGUAUUUGUGGUGGAAAAGCCAUUUCAGUUCGGAACCAACGCAAGGCCGAUAUGCAUCCCAACAGCACCAGUGAACAUCGCAGGCACCGACAACAUAGUCGCUGGAUGGGGAUUCAUCAGAGAAGGUGAUGUCUGUUUCAUAUAUAAUGUGGACCUGGCACGCACUACCUCAAAUAUACGACUGUCACAGUUCAACCUAACCAUAUAUGUUACGGCCGACUACCGCGGGUUCGACAGUCGCGUGAUGUAUUGCGCCUACAAGACCGCAACCGACUCUUGCCAGGGUGACUCUGGAGGACCCGCCAUGUAUCGAGUUAGCGGUGGGCACCGCUACGUGCAAGUGGGCAUCGUCUCAUACGGACACGGCUGCGCAAGAGAAAAUGUACCGGGAGUUUACACGCGCGUCGAUGUGUUUGCACCCUGGCUAAAUAAGGUAGUGGGCUCCUAUGACAGGGCCUACACGAACGCAGUGCCCAUGCCGCUGGGACUGUCCACCGUGUCACAACCACCCCCCCUCAUCCAAUUUUUGUGA